UGGGAGCCCAGCCCUACUGCUGCCAGGAAAGAGCCAGAUUGCUCCCUGGCUGAUCUCAUACAAACACCCCAGACCUCCAGCAGCUCCGGGAGUCCAAACGCCAGCAGUGGACCAAGGCCCUACAGCUAGCUGCCUGCAGCCAUGUUGGCCCUCAGCCUGCUCCUGCUGGGUCUGCUCACCGCAGUGGCACCUGCCAGCUGUCAACAAGGUCUAGGGAACCUUCAGCCCUGGAUGCAAGGCCUAAUUGCUGUGGCCGUGUUUCUGGUCCUUGUUGCAAUUGUCUUCGCUGUCAACCACUUCUGGUGCCAGGAUGAGUCGGAGCCUGGGAGCAUGGUCAUGAUCGUUGGAAACAAGGCAGACGGGGUCCUGGUGGGACUGGAUGGCAGAUACUCCUCAAUGGCAUCUGGUUUUAGGUCCAGUGAGCACAAGAAUGCCUUCGAGAAUGUUCUGGAGGAAGAGGGCAGGGUCCGCAGCACACCCAUGUGACAAGCUCCUCUAUGGUCCCAGCCCCUAGACCAUAGGGGUGCAGAGUUGAUACCCACCAUUUCACCCAGUCGCUGGUCUGCAGGAAGCUGCUGAAACAAGCCAACACUCUCAGCUCUCUUGAAUCACUGUCAUCUCAGGCUAGGGCUCAGUCCAAGCUGAGUGCAGGAUGUACUGUGUCCUGGGGACUUCCUGGGGUCUUCUACUCAAUUCUGAGGAGCCUGGUAAAGAGAUGCUCAGCUCAGCCUCUCCUCUUCUCCCUCCCUCC